AUGGGCUACAUUGCAAUCCUUCACUACAAAUAUAUAGUCAAGAGUGAAUACUUGCGUGUAGAAACAUCCCCGGCGUUUCAAAGCAAAAAGGGCUAUCAAGUUACGAAUGAUCGUGACGGUCUUCAUGACAACGACAACGAUAACGUCUCAGGCAAUCUACCUAGACUAUCAAGCAUAGGUCGGCAUUCAUUAAGAUUAUCUCAUCGAUUAAAGACAGACCAAGAAAGUCAUGAAUAUCAGGAAGAUAAAUCCAAGAAUGAUUUUCGCCCUAAUAAUCAAUUGCCUACUUUCGCAGAUAAGUUACGAACGUCACCAUUAACUGAUCUAUCAUUAGCUCGAAAUUACAGUCAUUUACGAGCUCUACCAAAUCAUGAUAAUCCGACUCUAGGAAAUUCAGCUGAUAAUACACGAAAUAAUAAUUCUAGUAAUCUGUUACGCUUACGAACACAAUCCGACCUUGGUACUGAUAAUAAGCAAUUACGACGACGUUAUAAACCGUUCACAUUAUCAACUCAAAAGCAUCAUUUUAAUGAUGAUGAUAAUCACAAAAAUUUAGCAAAUCAUGCGCGAUCUCAUUCUGGUAGUUCACUAGAGAGACUGUCUCAAAGACGAGCACAAUAUCGUGAGAACGUGGACUUAGAUAAAUCAGCAGCUCCGAUAGCGAGCGAGAUAUAUCUCGAGAACUCGCCUUCACAGCAACCAUAUGAAAUUAAUGCUGAUGAAAGUAUAAUCAUGAAUGGUGAUGAAAACAAUAAAAAUCAAUAUCAAUUGCAGCAGCACGAAGGAGUAGUAUCUAUAUCGCCGUCUUUGGAGUCUUUGACAACAACGCAAGAUAAUAAUAUUCAACAUUUUGAUAAGAAAGAUCCGCAAGAAGAAAUACAUCAACAACAUAACACAGACACUCAUCAUUCCAAAGGAACUACUGAAAUAGAGGAAAACAAUUAUCAGCCGUCAUUCAAGGCUGAUCCUAAUGAGGAUGCUAAUUUCUCUUCAGUUCACAAUGAAGGUGAUAAUGUAUCGUCAAAACCGACGCCGGACUUAGAAUCACUUGUACCAUCGUUGCUACCGUCGCAUCAAACUGUAGACUCAGUUGAUGAUCCAAUGGUACCACCUAAAUUACCGUCCUCCCCUCCCCCACUUAUACCAUCUCAAUUGGUUGAGAAAGCAGAACAAAUCGAUGCAAAUGUUGCUAAUGAAAAGCAAGACCUAAUAAAGGCUAAUACUACUGUAAAUACUGCUUCGGUUCGCAGUAAUAUUGGAAGUCCUUUAAGUUCUGGUAGCCAAUCUAGUAGUUACUCUCCUUUUCGUUCGGCUGUUAGUCCAUUUAGCGAUUCUUCUCAAGAGUGUCCCAAACUAAAUAUAGAUAAACCUCUUAUUCAAUGGACACCUUCUGAUGUAGGAAACUGGUUAACAAGUGUGGGUUUAGAUGCUAUGAAACGACGAUUUACGACUAACAAAAUCGAUGGAAAGGAGCUUGAGAAAAUGACAAAGGAAAAAUUGGAACAAAUUGGAGUAAGAUAUGCGAUGUUAAGAGAUAAAAUUAUGGAUAAAAUUAUGAAACUAAGAAGUGAAUUAAUAAAAAAUAAGCCUAAACCUGUCGAAAAAUCGAAAGAAGAGGUAUCGCUUGUCUAUCCUAAGCCUGCUAGUAAAGCUUCAGAAAUGAGCUCUAUUAGUGAUUUAACUAAAAAGGAACGAAAACCGAUAGCAAUCAGUCCUCAAACAGAGAUAGCCCCUCCGUUACCAGAAACUCCACCACCUAGUAAGGCACCUCAGGCCGAUAUGAAAUCUGUUCCAACAGAUUUAUCUGUUAAGAGGACUGCUAGCGAACAAUCUGAUAAAUCUGCACCUAACCAGUCUCCGACAUCAAAUGAAAAUACAUCCAAUCAAGCUACUAAACCAAACUCUGAAUACAACAAGACUUUAGAUUCGGAUAACAAAGGCUUAUCCGUAAUAAAGAAACCUUCUCUUCCAGAGAGUGAAUUGCCAAGUUCUCAGAAGAAAAGUAAUUUCAAAGUAGAUGACAAUAAUAAUACUAAAGGUAAGGAUGAAAGCAGCCGCCGAGCCAAAAAGACAUUUCCAACGAUCCCUAAAAAAGUUAAAGGAGACGAUGUAUCUCAGGAGAGCACUAUUCAUUUAGAGAAUGUUAUACUACGUUUUAACAAUGAGAAUCGCAAAGACUUAGCAACAGUCGCUGCAUCAGCCGGAGCGGAAGCAGCAGCUAUAGCAGCGAGAAGGUUUGGCCUAUUCUUUAAUAAAGUUGAUGACGCUAAAGAUAAAAGACAUCAAAAAAGAAUGGCGAGGUUAUCAUCCAAUACCCAAAAGCAAAAUCAAUCCUUUUCCAGUUCUAAGAAAGAUGCACGAUCAGCAACAACAACAACAGAUAAUGGUGAAGUAGCGCCAGACCCUGUUUCUAACGAUUAUACAUGUGUAUCGCGAAAUAUUGCUGUUAAAAAUCCAUCAUACGAAGUUAUUUCUUCUCUAGAGCCCGACGACGAUGCUCUGCGCCAUCCUAAUGCUACAGUUGCGGGACAGUUAUUGCUGAUUGAUGACAAAUAUUAUUAUGUUCCGCUAUCAUCUCCACGGUCACCUCAUCAACUUUCUCAUGAUCCAUUUAAUACCAAUACAUCGGAAGACAUCCCCGUGCGGGAUAAAGUAUCUGCUAAAUCUGAGUCCCCUACUGUGAACGAGCUGUCAAAAGAAACUAAUGUUGAAAGUAAUCAAACACUCAGUCCGGUCCCGGAUGAAACCAUUGAUCCGCUGAUCAAGAUCCCACCUAAGCCGAAUCGAUAUAUUAAAUCUAUGUCACAAUCAAAUCGUGAUAGCUCAACAGAACCUAAUCAUGAUAUUCAAACUAUUGAACCUAAAUCCCACUUAGUAAAUGACUUUAUAGAGAAAAAAACCAUUAACAAUGAUCAGCAAAGCCCACCGGAUCUUGCUAUAGAUCUAUCAGAAUUAGCUUCCCAAAACGAAUUAGAUAAAACGCUACCUUCUUUAGAAAUAGAUUCAACUAAUAAAUUUUCACGUUAUUCGUCAGAAGCAACUCGUGGAGUAAUUCCUCUUGAUGGCAUCAUAUCCCAAAGUAUUUCGCCGUACCAACAACAUUCAUCUGAUAUAUCUACCUCGGAAUUGGAUCGAUCAGAUAAUGACCUAUUAUACCAGCAAUCUAACGAACCGUUUGCUAAUUAUUUCAAUCAGUCGUUAGAUGAUGGAAUAAAUAAACAGGAUUCCCAACUUAACGAAGCUACGCCCAAGCUAAAAAAUUUCAAUUCUGAAUUGCCGUUGGAAAAUUCAGUUAUUAAAGAACAUCCAUUACAAUUAUCUACCAAUGAAGCCAGUAACUGUCAAAUUAGAAAUCCAAUAUCGGAGCAACAAGAUCAUAAAAUACCUACUAUUGGUAGUAUAUAUGACCAUUAUCAAGAAGAAAUAGAAUCCAUACAAAAUGAAGAUCACGAUAAGGAUUUGAAUCUUGAAUCAACUGAAGUAGAUGAUAAGUUGCAUACAUCCAUGAACCGAAAAAUUAGUAUUCCUAUCAAAUCAAUGAACUCAGACGAUGUUUCUUUGUGGUUAAAUUCUAUUGGAUUGCCAGAAAUAGCUGCUAUUUGUGAAGAUAAUGCAAUAAAUGGUAAAGAUAUCCAAAAUUUAGGUUCUAAAUUAUUUGAGCAUCCUGAGCUAAAUCUGGAAGAACGUAGAGAAGUCCUAGCUACUGAAAUUUAUUUUAUGAAUAACAAACCUGAUCGGGAGAAUUCAGAAUUACAUAACUCAUUAAAAGAAAUUGCAAAAAAUUCUAAUGGUUCCGAUAAAGUACUUGCCCUGGCAAUCUUGGAAGUUAUGAAAUCUCCUCCAUGGUGUCAUGGUGUCGAUGUUGACAUCGAUUUCAAUAAUAAAAAUAUCUUAAAUUAUUCAAACGGAACGGUUACCACUGCCGAAAAUAAUCAAACACCAUUUUUAGAAAGCAAUGAUGAUCUAAAACACCAAAACGGAGGGUCUUCACCUUAUGCUGAAAUCGGUCAAGUCCCCACAAGUGGCGGUAUCCAACCAUACAAUUCUAUUCCAACACAAAGUGAAUUCGAGCCCAAAGUUGUCCCUAGUCAACAAAAUAUCGAAAAUCAAAAUAAUUUAUUUGGUUCGCAACCUGUUCAAGAAAUUGUUAAUACUACUACAAUUUCUGACAACUCAGCAACAUUAAACAGUUCGACGUUUUCAACAGGUAAUGAUAGUGAUCUUCCGUCACACGGUGUACCUUCGUCUCCUCCAAUCCGCUCUGGAGCAAAUCUGCCACUAUACAUGCAACAAAAUUUUGGAGAAAAACAAGAUAAAUCAGCUAAGAAUAAAAAAAAGAAGAUCACUACUAGAAUCAGUAAGAUAUUUAAACCUGGUACAAAAAGCUCUAAUGAUGACAAAAAGAAAGUACGUAGUCAAAGCCAAGAAGAAGAUAAUGGCCUACUUAGGAUUGAUGCGAGUAUUUUGCAUCGUGGUCAAUCUGUCCCUGGACCUUCCUACAAAGGUUUUAAAGUAGCACCACAGAUUAAUUGCUUGCAAGUUAUUGAAAACUUACUGGAAAAAUAUGAAGUUCACACUGAUCCGAAAACCUACUAUAUUUCGCAAGAAUCACUCGAUCAAACAGUUCCAGCAGUAGAACUUAACUUCGACGACUAUCCUCUGCCUAUACAAAUGAAAUGGCCCAAAAAUUCCAAGUUAUUCUUCGAAUUAAAGCGCAAAUUGCCUAUAAUUAAAAUACAGAUGCAAAUGAUGUUGAAUGAUCAACCAAGCGAUCAGUUAACAACUUACGAAGUAUCAACUUCUACGACAGCGAAAGAAAUCACACAGCAACAACUUAAAUCUCGGAAAGUAGAUAUAGAUAAUCUACAAGACUGGUGCUUAGUCGAAUUGACUCAUGGAGGAAAUCGCAUAUUCGAUGAAGAGGAAUGCUUACAUGCCGUUCAUCAUCAAAAUGUACAAGUUUUGCUCUUGAAGAGGUCUAAACUACGUAGCACUUCUUCUAGUUUGUCUUCAAGUGGGGAAGAUGUGGAGUUGAUAUUAAGUAAAAAUAAUGAUUAUCCGCCUGCAAAUAGUCAAGAAAGGCCAAUCACGAUCCCUGUUAAUCAAAGUAAUAUCGCUUUUAUCCAAAAACUACAAAAAGAAAUGAAUGAUUCCCCAACACUGGAAAAACUUUUAGCAGAGAUCAAUCAGCUAAGAAACAUAGUUACCGCUUUGCAAAAAAGAGCUGCGUUGGCAAUAGAAAAUAGUAUAAUAAGUACCAACGCUAAGGUCGAUUUAGAAAAUGCUCAGCAAAUUCAUUCUCAAGAAUUAGACGACAAACAGGGACAAAUUGAUAAAUUAAAAGCUGUCAUAGCACUAAAGGAUAAAGAAAUUCAGCAACUGCAAAAUAGUAACAAGUCUAAGGGCGAUCAAUUAACAACUCUAACUGGUGAACGUGAUAGAGCAUUGCGAUUAUUACAAAAAUAUGCGACGGGCAAUGAUAUAACAGAACGCUUGCAAGGCAUUCAAGUUCAAGAUGAUGCAGCUAAUCAUACAUCGUUAAACGAUAAAAAUAAGAAUGAAUUAAUUAAAGAUUUGCAAAGAAAGGAAAGAGAAAAGGAGUUUUUACAAGUUUAUGUUAACAAUAUCCUUUCUGUAAUAUGUGAAGAAGCGCCACAAUUAUUGGAAAGUAUUAAUAGAUUACAAAGUUCAAGACUUUGA